AUGAUUGAAGAAGUGAAUGAAAAACUACCAUCAAAGAAUGUUAAAAAGUCCAAAGAUAAUAAAGAAAAUCUAUCUUCUCAUUCAAAAUAUGUGACACAUCGAGCAACAUAUGGUCGAAUACGUGUUGAUCAUCCGUCUAAAUCUGAACAACGUCAAAUGAUUGAAUCAUUAUACAAAACUUAUGACCCAAGAAGUGAACAAAACCAAACAUUUGAUACUCAAUUAUGGUCAUUAGUUGAUGAGGAUAUUGAUACUGAGAAACAUGAUAUUGAUUUCUAUGGUUUAAUUAAUGCUCAUUAUCGAAAUUUUAAUUUUGAAAAUAAACUUGCAUCACCAAAAGAAGAAAUCACAGAUAAUUAUAUUGAUCAAUUAGCUUUUCCUGAAUUAACAACAAAAAAAUCAGAAAAUAAAUCAAAAAUUCUUCAAAAAGAAACAAUAAAAGAAUUAAAAAAUGAAAAAAUGAAUUUUAUUGAUGAACAAUAUUUUGGUACAUUAAAAACAAUCGCCUAUCACGAUGAACAAACUAAUAAAACUAUACCAACAAAACGAAUUGAAAUGCCAUCAGCAGAUGAACUUAAUUAUAUGGAUCAACUUGUUUUCAAUUCACCAAUUUCAUCAAAAGAAAUAAAAAAACCUCAAACUUCAAUUUCCGAUAAACAAACAAAUUCAACUCCACUUGAAAAAUCAACAAAUACUUCAUCAGAUAAACUUCUUGAUAUAAAUUUUCAAUUUCGUACUUCUACUCCAACUCCAAAACCUUCUAAAAAAUCUUUACCUAAUCUAAAUGAAUCUCCAAUGGAUACAUAUAAUCCAAAACUUGAAUCAAUGCGUAGUAUAAAAUCAAAAGAUUAUUUCGAUCCACCACGUCAGUCAUCUCUUGAUAUACAAAAAGACAAAGAUAUUGAAUCAGAUAAAAAUGCUACUCAAUCAGCUGAACAGAUUCGUGAACAAUUAACAAAGAAAAUUAAUGUUCGUGAUAGUUUAGGCUAUCGAACAUUUGAAAAUCUUAUACCGAAUUGGUGGACAAUGACGAAAGCAGAAAUUGUUGAUAUAUUAAUUAAACAAAUCUGUUUUAUACGACAUGGUAUUCUUGCAUUAGAUAAACCAUAUGGUGGACCAGGAGUUCAAAUGUCCAUUGCUCAUUUUAUCCCACAAAUAAUUGAACGUUUAAAUAAACCUGAGAUAAAACAACUUCAUUUAUUACAUCGACUUGAUAAACAAUCAACUGGUGUUUUACUUAUGGCUUAUACACCAGAAGCUGAACAACGAUUACGUGAACUUAUGCAAGAACGAAAAAUCAUUAAACAAUAUAUAACUAUUGUUCGUGGAAUACCAAAACCAUCUGAAGGUGAAAUUAAUAUACCAAUUGUUGAAAGAAAUGUUCGUGGUACAUAUAAAAUGAUGCUUUCACCUGACUAUAAUGAUUUAACAAAAUUAGUUAUGCCUAAAGUCAAACGUGAUCAUAUUAAUAGUUCAACAGCAAUAACAAAAUAUCGUGUAAUUGAUUCGAAUUAUGAAGUUUCAUUAGUAGAAUGUCAACCAGUUACAGGUGUCAAACAUCAAAUUCGUACACAUUUAGCUCAUGCACUUGGAACACCUAUAUUAGGUGAUCAUAAAUAUUCUCAUUAUGCUAAAUUAGCACCACAAAAAUUAUCAUUUGCAACAUUAAAAAAAUUAGGUGUACGACAAGCAAAAGUUCGUACAAUUCCAUUAUGUUUACAUUCAUAUUCAAUGGCCAUACCAAAUUUUCUUCAUCAUCAACAGAAUAUAUUUAUUCGUGCUCGUUUAUCACAUCAUUUACGUUAUUUCAUUCAAUGUCUUCGACUACGAAUGAUUAAAUAA